GCCUGCCAACCGCCCUCGCCCCUUUCCCUCCCUCCCACUUAAAACGCAACCAAAGGAAAGCGACGACGAACGAAACGAACACAACCGCCCCGCCCCCAAGCGCGGAGCGGAGUCCAGUCCUCCAAGUCCAGGAAAGGCGCGCGAGAUCCAACGAGCGGUGAAGUGACCCUGAUCUUCCAAGAUGCUCCGCCGAGCAAGGGUUCCCUGCGCCGCGGCGCCCGCGCCCGCGCCCGCGGUCGUCGUGGCGGUGGCGCUCCUGGCCCUCAGCGCCGUGGCCGCCGCCGACUUCUUCUCCCCUCUCGCCCCCAUCUUCUCCCCCGUCAUCAAUUCCAUAUGCAGCACGGUGGCCUGCGGGCAGGGCAACUGCACGGUGGCGCCGGGCACGCUGGGCUACCGCUGCGACUGCCGCCCGGGCUGGACGCAGCUCCACGUCGGCGACAGCCUCAGGUUCCUGCCCUGCGUCAUCCCAAACUGCUCCAUCGACAGCUCAUGUUUCAAUGGUUCGCCGGCGCCGGCACCGGCGCUAGCGCUGACGCCUUUGCCGCCACCUAAAAACUUCUCGCUCGACCCAUGCGAGCUAGCGUACUGCGGCGCCGGCGGCACGUGCAGGAAGAACGGCUCCGGCAUGAGCUACCACUGCGAGUGCAAGGAGGGGUACAGCAACCUCCUCAACAUGACCGCGAUGCCUUGCUUCCAGAACUGUUCCAUCGGCGCAGACUGCGCGAGCAUAGGUAUUCAUCCCUCCUCGACCAGCAACAGCCCGCCCGCGCCACCUGGCUCCGAGAGCAUUUCUAACCAAGGCAGUACAGCGGCACCAGGAUCCAUUUCACAGCGGAUUCUACUGCCACUGCUGCUGAUGGUGGUGGUCUCAUUGGCCGUCGGUUACGUGAUGUAGGUCGAGGAUGGAGCGUCCCACGGCAACACUAGACUGUUUUUUUUUUAUCCGCAGGACAGGGUAGAGCUGAUAGUUUGUUAGGGUGGUGAUACACUUUUGGAUGUGUAUUGUACUGCUGCGUGGUUACGUUUUGGCGAUUGGUUUGUGUAGAUGUUACCCGGCCGGGUCAUUUUAUGUCGAUAUGGAAUAAAGCGCCUCUGUGAAUACUA